AUGUAUUUUUUCCCCCUGGCUUGUAGGAUAGCUUGUAUAAGUGCACCAAGUGUGUAUCAGAAGCUGAAACUGUUGGAAUCCACGAGGUCGGACAGUGUGUCUGCUGUUUUGCUGGAGUUUGACCGACGUUUCGCAGCAUAUGGAGAUGAGUUUGUGUUUUAUGAUUACAACAACCCUCUGUGCCUGCCUGAGGGUCUGCUUCCUCAGAGCUUUGACAUCGUCAUCGCAGAUCCUCCAUACCUGUCUGAAGAGUGUCUCGGCAAGGUGGCGCUCACCAUUAAAUACCUCACUAAGGGAAAAAUCCUGCUCUGCACAGGAGCUAUUAUGGAGGAGCCUGCUGGGAAACUUAUGGAUCUGAAGAUAUGCAGUUUUUUACCAAAACACAAUCACAAUCUGGCCAAUGAGUUCCGCUGCUAUGUUAACUAUGAAUCAAGCCUUGUCUCAUGAAAAAAAGCUUCCAAUCUGCCAACAUUUGAACAUUGUUUUUUCCCCCAUGAAACAUCAGAUGAUCAUGUGGAACAAUAAAUACUCUCACUCCAAGUGGUUCAUAGCAAGAUCCAGAUAUUAGAGCGGAGGAUUUGGCACUUCAUCAGAGAUCUGUGAUCAGUCUUUGAUUAUGCUUUGGCUGACUUGCAUUGUCAAUUGCACACCCAGCUUUCAGGCAUAAAAUUGAAGCAAACAAUUUCAGACAGCUUAACUUUGUUUCAAUGCAUAAAAUGGGCUAGAAGUGAAUGUUUGAAAUGCGUUUAUAUAUAAUAUACAAUACACUAGACUUUUGCAUUAUCAGUGGUGUUGUUGGUGGUUUGAAUAAAGAGAACUGACAAAGUCAAGCUAAAUAAUAUGUCCUCUUGUAAAUGAUAUCCAUGCAUGCUUGCCUUUAACAGAAGCAUUUCUAGUGAUCUUCUGUAUACUUGAAAACAGUUAAACUAUAUUAGGUUAUGUAAAACCAUGAUGCUGACGGGCUUUUCCCAAGUACUUUGGAUUAGAAAAUGUUUGUAUUUUGGCACAGCAAGUUUUCCUUUUGC